UAUAUUUUCCCCCUUCUGUUCUUGUAAAAAUCCUCUCUCCUCUCUCCUGAGUGGCUCCGUCGACAGGCUCCCCCCCGCCUCCCUCUUUCUCUUCCUCUCUGGAUCGAAUUCUCCACCAGAAAAAAAAAACAAAAACAAAAACCCUUCAAAAGCACAAAAAAAUUAGUCUUUUUUUCGGUUUUUAAUUUCGCAUAAAAAAGAAAAGAAAAGUCCCGUUCUUUCUGUCUUCAAUCGAGGAUUCGAUACCAAGAGACUGUCGAUUGCGUUCUCGGAGAAACCAAUCAGGGUUUUGCUUCUUUAAUUUCCUCUCGAUUAUCGCUCUUGUUCAGGUUAUUUUCUUUUUAAUUGCGUUUCUUGAUUGAUUUGUUUUUUCGUUUUUAAAUUCUAUUUAUUGUAAACCCUAAUUGAUAACAAAAAAAAAUUGAUUGGUUGAUUCUUUGUUCUGUAUAGAUAAAACAGUGUCGUUUUGCUGGUAGAAAAUUUCCAUUAUAGGUUUUGUACGUGUAGCAAGAAACUCUGUGAAAUUUUUGGUUGCGUCGUUUUAGUUUGCUAUCCGGAAUCGAGGGUUUUCUUGCUAGAUCUCUUUUCUCAAUCUUCUCCUUUCUAGCUUUGAUUUUUUCAUUGGUCAUUUUUUUUAAAAUUUUUUUCCUUUUUGGGUUUGCUAAAUAUAUCUUGUAAAAAUACACAGAAAAGAAGGGGGGGAAAUUGGGAUUAGGUUAGCGUAGAAUGGCGUUGAAUUUUUCGCAUCGACCUCUCUUUCCUCGUAUUUCCAAGGAUAAUGUGCGUUCGCCGAUGAGGAUUUCUAUACAGGAGAGAGUUGAGGAUCGUUUUGAUUAUGGAAGGGAUAGGAGUGGCUCACAGGAAUUGGUGCAUAAGGAUAUCAUUGAUCUUUUGCCACCGGAUCCUUUUGACAUGGAUAUAAGUACCACUUUUACUGCUAUCACGGGGUGGCUUGAGGAUUUGGAGGUGGAUUAUGGUGCUUGUGGUAGUGAUCAGGUUUCCACGAGUGAUGGGAAUUAUCAGUUGUUUGCUGGCUUGAAUUAUAUCUGGAAUAAUGCUAUGAGGUUUCAAGCAUUUCCAGGGAAUGUGGGGUUUAGUUGUAAAUCUAAUUUAGUGGGUGGGUUUGGUGAUGAGUGUCUAGAGGGGAUAGAAGUGGGGAAUGCAUCUGUUCACGAGGCUCCUGACUCAGAUUGUGACAUGAAGGAUGUUUUGAGCCUGGGGAAUGAAAUGGAUAAGAAUGCUGGGGUCGUGGAUGAGAGCAGUGGAGAAUUCCAAAAGGGUCACGUGGUUUUUUCUAAUGGAGCUCCUCAUCCAGCGUUUGCUUUUGCUCUUGGUUAUCUGGGAGUGCAGGAUCUUCUUCUUGUUGAAACUGUUUGCAGAUCCCUUCGUUAUACCGUUCGAAGUGACCCUCUUUUAUGGAGGAGCAUCCACAUAGAUCAACCAUUGAAUGAGAAGAUCACUGAAGAUGUUCUUUUGCAGUUAACUGAUAGGGCUCAAGGUAACUUGCAAUGUCUGAGCCUAGUGAAGUGUCCUAGGAUUACUGAUGAUGGGUUGAAGCAGGUGCUCAAAAGUAAUCCAAGGCUGACCAAGUUGAGUGUGCCUGGAUGUACAAGACUUAGCAUUGAGGGCAUUGUGACCAGCUUAAAGGCAUUCAAGACUACAGGAGCUCAGGGAGUGAAGCAUUUACGCAUUGGCGGGGUCUAUGGUGUGACACAGAAGCAUUUUGAAGAGUUGACGCUCUUGUUGGGCCGAGAUAGCCACACCCAGCAGAAUGUUCACAAGCCACAUUUUUAUCACAGGGCAGAUUUUUAUCUGUCAUGUGAGGAUGAUCAUGCAAUUGAUAUUGAAAUGUGCCCAAGAUGCCAGAACCUGCGACUAGUUUAUGAUUGCCCUGCAGAGGGUUGCCGGGGAAAUGAGCAUCCCUCUCGGGCUUGUAGGGCUUGCACCCUUUGCAUUGCACGGUGUGUCUAGUGUGGCCGUUGUAUUAAUGACAGUGAAUACGAGGAAACUUUUUGUCUUGAGUUGCUUUGUUCAGAUUGUUGGAAGCAGCCGCUGAAAUGUCAAGAGAAGCAAGAUAGGAAGAUUGGUCCGCUCAAGUUUCCUGAGCUCCAAGAAUCUUCCUGCAGCCUUCGUCUUCAUGGCUAGAGACAGAUAUGCCUGCUCUUAUGUUCUGUUGACUAUUCCAGAAUUGAUGAUUGAGAAUCUAAGAAGAAAAAUCAAUGCAGCCUUGUAGGAUAAAGGUUCCUUUCUAUCUUGUUUUUCCCUCCAAGUCCGGUGAGCCUCUAUGGUGCAGCUGUUAGACUUCAAGUUGGGAUAGGGGCAUUUUCAAUAGUAUACCUGAUUUUUUUUCUUGUUGAAAGGAGAAGCAACAACAACAAAAAAAAGUCACUACAGAAACAAAAAAGAGAACAGAUAGCAAUGGAUUUUGAGUGGUUGAUUAGUACUCCGUGCACUGUUGGCAGCUAAGCAUAUCUCUCUUGUCUCCAGUUAUCUUUUAUUAUCACACGUAAUCAAUUCCAGGGAAGAGAGGAUCGGUUUCACCUGUGUGUGACGUACAGAGCUGGCAUAUGUACCUGCAUGGAAGUGGGGUGUGGUACAUUGAGUACUGUCAGUGUCAUAUGUAUUUGUUGACGAUGAUUGGAAAUGGCAUGUUGUGCUGUGAGAUUGGCCAUUAUUCGGAAUAAACUUGCAUGAUCUCUCUGUCGCCUGAAUAGAGUGAUUUGUUGUCCUGCCGUGUAGGAUUUCAUGUGAUUCUGACCUCUGUCUAACCGUUAUUGGUAUAUGCUGUGUGCAGUAUCAAUCCAAUCCUUAUUUUACAGGCGUUUUCAGCUUGGACUGUGGGAGUAUGAGAUCUACUACUUUUAGUACUGAUAGAUUACUAGUUUCUGCUGUGAUCUUAGUCUUGGCUCCUAGCUUGCUUCCUUGUCUGUAGAAUAAACAAUCAAAAUCUGUUUUCCCCUACCAUGGUGGUCAUGUAUUAACAUUGAUACUAGGGGGAUUGUAAGAUUUUA